AUGAGUCUAUUUAGAAAGCGAAACCCCAAAAGCAAAUUCUAUUAUCUUGUGGUAGUGAUCUUGUUUGCUCUCCCAGUCGGAUUACUCAUUGUUGGAGCCAUUAGUCUGACCGAUGCAAACCACCGUUCCUCGAUGAUAUCAAUAUAUAACAAACGAGCAAAAGUGUGGAACAAACAUGGUCUUGAAGAUUUUAAAAAUCUUAUGUUUGUAUUAGUGAAAGAUGGAGAACGUCAUUUAAUGGAAGUGAACACGACGAAAAAGGGAGAGUUCUACCCCGUCCGUGAUUCGUGCAAACGGGAAGGAGACCCUGCGGAGGGAUGCAUAGAAACGGACUCUUUUUACUAUUCCAGAGAGGUCUAUACGACGGACGAGCCUAUCGAGAUCCAGAUCUAUCAUGAAGAUCGUUUGAUCGUCAACGACACUCUCUUGCCCACGACGCAGCGCACUCUAAGCGUCCGCCAGAUGAACUGCGACCACAACACCAAAGACUGCAUCCGGGAGUGCGACACUUACAACGGAACCUGGAACUCCAAAAGCGAAGUCUGCGUCUAUCUGGAGUAUCUGCAGAGCGCCUGCUACCGUCUCUCCCUCACCGCCGACAACAAGGCGUAUCUAGACUCUCCUCCGGAAUGGGAAUUAGAGACGGAACGAACCGGCUGCUUCUACGCCGACGACUGGAGCCCCUUCAACUUCGGAAAGGAGAAUUUCACCACCAUUCCGGUCGAGGUGCGGUAUUACCAGGAUAGCAUGAUCGCUGCGUCGUAUACAACGCGGGGAUGCAGCGAUACGGAAUUGACAGAUGCGCAAUGUAUGGGUUUGACGCCGAAAGAGGCCAGUCGGGUGGGAAUCGCUUUCUCGUUCUUGGGACUUGGAAUCCUUGUCUUCCUGAUUAUUGUAGACUGA